AAGUUUAUCUUCGCUUUUCGCUGAAUAGGAAUAACGUGAAUAUAAGGGACCCGGUGGUAACAACUGCGCCAGUAAUUAUGGAAUCUAAGUCAUCGGCCGAGCGAAUGUGCUGUAAAUCGUUCAAAGUGUCUGAAAGUAUAGUGGUGUUCUAUAUCGUAAACUUUGUGCUUGUAACGACCGUGACAUUGCCAACAUUAUUUUACAUUUUCCAGCCGGAUCAUCCUCCACACACAAAACCCAAUGGAACUUUCUCUCAAAAAAUUGGAUAUACAUUGAAUUCUUCUGAUUAUUUUUCACAGAGGACAAGAAACGUUACAAUAAACAAAGAUUUCCCGCUCCAGUGCAACUCACCGCUACUCCCUGAUAAAGAAACCGGUCUCUGCCGACCGCCGUGCGCCUGGACCACACAAUCUCCUCUGACGCAGAAGGUUUACUUUGUGGUGAUAGUGGUUGGUCUGUGGUUGGCACUCAUUGCGACAAUUAUCACGUUUAUCACUUGGGCCAGUAUAAAAAACCUCCGAAAGUUUCCUCAUGUUCUGCGAUUUCAUAUCAUGGUCUGUUGUGUUAUCCUGGGAAACAGCAAAAUGCUUCCCAUGCACAUGAGGCCAGAAAAGACAUUCUGCCGAGGUCAGCUUUUUUGGGAGUCCACUGGUCACUCUUCGUUAGCCACCGUAAUUCAAGGUGCAAUGUCUCACUAUUUUGGCCUGGCACAUUCAUUCUGGGCCAUGUGUUUCAUAGCAAACACUUAUGCUGUAAUCGUUCGCGAUAAUCGAGCCGUCUUCAAACAUCCAAUCAAAAUUCACUUCAUACAGUCGGUAUUUUGCUGGCUUGUGCCUGCAGUAAUUGUGACCUGCUGCCUCUAUAUUUCUCCACCUGGAUACAAGUUCCUCUUUAUAGAUCUAAUGGCUGCAGGAGCCGCAAGUGCACGAAUGGCGUACUUUGCUGUCACAUUACCAAUGCAAGUAACGCUCGGAGUGUCACUAUGUCUACUGUGGAGUAUUGUGUGGCAUCUCAGAAAGGCUCGCUUGGAUUCUAGAAAGCGCGUUAUCCGCGCCAGAGAAGAAAGAAUUUCCAUGCGGCGAGUUGAGCGCCAGUUCCUGAGCAUGGCAGUAGUAAUUACGGUGGUAAUGGGUGUGGUUAUGUCGGUGAACACUGUGACGCUCUAUCGCGUGAGGGGUUUUGUGCAUGAUGCUGAAGUUUACUUCGAUUGUUUACAGGUCUCUAAGAACUGCAAGCCCCCAUCCUGUAACACGGUGCUACCUCUGAUAAACGUAAUAGCCCCUGCCAUCGCUUGUCUUGCAUUCUUCUUCCUUCUCCUGAUGAAUAAAGAUUGUCGCAACAUUUGGAGGAGCUGCUUCCGUGGAUUUACAAAGCUUUUUGAGUUUUGUAAACCACCUCCACUAAAAAUUCGCGCAGAUACAGACCGCUCAAGAUGUUCCUCAACACUCACUGUGCUUUCCACUGAUCGCAGGGAUUCGGAGUUGUUCUUUCGACAAUCGUUCGUGUUACCGGGAUAUGUCUCAGGAUUGGACCUUCAACAGAACCGGCAAAGAGCGUCUACUUUAACUUUCCCUGUCAAGAAACAAGAACUAACUGUCACAGAUUUAGGUAUCGAAAUAAAAGUUACUCCUCCAUCAGACGCAGACGUACAAUUGCGAGCCAGGUGCAAUUCUGUUCCUGUAUUUUUGCUGCAAGAUUUAGAUUCACACAGACGCUAUAAUAAAACUACGAUCCAUUCAUCCACUGAGUCACUUUCUAGUGACCACAGUGGGGUAUCGGUCACUAAUAGCGAAACACCGUUGGGAACUGGGGAGAGUUUCAUCCAGGAAAUAUAUUCUUCGAAAUUAUAGCUUAAACUCGUUUAAAGGAAUGGUGUUAAGACGAGAGGUGUACUACAGUUGGUGAUAAAGUGAUGAGACAGAACUCAAUAUACGUGGUUUUUAGUUUCUUUCGUUUUUUCUUUCGUUACAUCUCCUUGGGAGAGAGAAGGGGACUACCUGCUUGUUGCUAAAAUAUUUCCCACGGUUGUAUAGGCAAAGUUGUGAGGCUUUGAAAGGAGACAAAAAAGAGAUUAAGCUAGAGUCGUUAUUGGUGAAAUGGCAAGAUUUUAAUUUUCCUUGGAGCGUUUCAACGUCACGUUUCAACUGCCUCUGUCGCCAACUGUAGUAGAUCUCGAACAAAAAGAUAAAGAAAUUGUUCUUUUUCCUUCCCCAGAAAUCGAUUUCGUAUUGUAAUGUAAAUAAAAUAUGUACAUAUGGCAUUUUUGAACAGAUUGAUGUACAUAAGUAAUUGUAUAUUUUAUAAAUUUUUUUGAAAUGUACUAUGCUAAUCGCAAACCUUUUUUCAUUUUUUAAAAUUUCUCUUUACUAAAUAUUUAGGUCACCCUUUAGAGAAAAAUUUUACGCGUGAACCCAAGUUAGCGCUCAAGUCAGGUCAAGCCAGUGACCCGUGUUAAAAAAGAAAGAAAGAAAGAAAAACAACAAUCAUUUGUCGCUUUAACGCUCAUAUCGCUACUUUUAUGAAGAAUAUUUCAAAACUUCUGAUGAGGCGUGAAACAGUGCUAGUGAUUUAAAACUUAUGAUGGUCAAAUGAACUAAAACGUAAAUCUAGUGCAUUUCAAUAAAGAUGGAUGUAAGUAAUAAUUAUUGACGUUUUGAACAGCCGAAAAUGAAAUAAAUUUGCUUUGAGCUACUGCGA